AAUUGUUAUUGAACAAUUAAAACAUUUGAUGGGUGGUAAAGUUGCUAAUUUCGUAGAAAGUUUUACUUUUCUUACAGCUAUUACAUUAUACAAUUUUUAUCAUACAUUUAAAAGCAUUUAUGAUAUCUGGGAUCAAUUUAAAAAAUGUGAUGAAUUGAGUAAAUAUCUAUCAGAAAAAAAAGGCUAUUUAAAAAUCCAUUUAAAUCAGGUAGAUUAUUGUAUUAAAAAAAUGUUAAAAUCAUUAAAUGAUGAUGAUGCUAAAUACGAAGAUUAUUUGAAAAAUUUUAAAGAUCUUAAUGAAAAAGUGGAAAAUUUUGUCAUAGAAGUUAAAGUGACAGCUAUUCAUUGUAGAAAAAUAAUUGAUAGAUUAUGCGAGAAAAAGAAAAAAUAUAAUGACGUAAUUGGUGUAGGAUCAUCAGUUCUUGGUGGUGUUGGAUUGGGAUUAUUUGCAUGUCAAUUCCUCGAAGGAUAUAUUACAAAAAACCAGGUAGGUUCGGCUGUAUUGACUGCUCCAAGUCAUGAUCUAGGCAAUAAAAACAAAAACUUCGACAAAACACUUGAUCUAUUUAAAUCUUUGCAUGAAAAAUUGGAAAAGGAGAAAAAUCACCACAAUCACCACCACAUUGAAUUUGUUGAAAAUAAACAAAAAUUGAUUGCUGAAUAUGAAUUGCUUGUGUAUGAAUUUGGAGCAUUUGAAUCGGAGCUUUGA